GGUGCUGUUACCAGAAGAAAAGGCCCCACGGGUGGGAAAAGUUUCUCAACAACGACAGUAAUGUUUCUGGGACAAAUCAGGACUCGCAGAACGGGCCUACAAGUUCGAACAAGACGUGGAGAGAGCCUCUGGUGUUGUUGAUGAUGAUGAAGAUGAUGUCAGAAUGACUCCUCUACCGCUGAGCAGGUCCUGAUCUCUGCUGUGUUUAUUUCGUAAGUGUGUCUUGUUGCUCCACCUCCCAGCGCCUUGAGCGGAGCCCGCAGUCGAGUCGCACUGAGGAAGCGGCAGACGUGAGGAGAACUGAGCCGAGAACUGAGCUGAGAGAUGGCCGAGAAUAAAGUGGGUCCGAACCUCCAGGCUGGAGCUGGAUUCCUCGCCAAGCGGGUCCAGAAGUCCUUUAGUAGAGCACAGGAGAAGGUUCUUCAGAAACUGGGCAAAACCAUGGAGACCAAAGAUGAACAGUUUGAGCUCUGCUUCCAGAACCUCAACAAACAGCAGAUCGACGGAACCAGGUUGUUUAAAGACGUGAAGGCGUACUAUGCGGCGGUGAAAACUGUGCAUGAAACAUCCAAGCGACUGUCCCUGACCCUGAGAGAAGUGUAUGAGUCAGACUGGGACGGUGUGGACGACCUUGCUGUCAUUACAGAGAGUGAGGACUUGCUAUGGAACGACUUUGAGGAGAAAAUAAGUGACCAGCUCGUCCGCACCAUGGAGAACUACACCAGCCAGUUUCCUGAGGUCAAGGACCGGGUUGCGAAGCGGGGACGUAAACUGGUGGACUACGAUUCAGCUCGUCACCACCUGGAAGCUCUGCAGAGCGCCAAGAAAAAGGACGAAGCCAAAAUCACCAAGGCAGAGGAGGAGUUCAACAAAGCGCAGACUGUCUUUGAGGAGAUAAAUAACGAGCUGCGGGAGGAGCUGCCUGUUCUCUACCAGAGUCGAAUCGGCUGCUACGUCACCGUGUUCCAGAACAUCUCGAACCUGAGAGAUGUCUUCUAUAAGGAAAUGAGCGUGCUAAACCGGGAACUUUACAAUGUGAUGAAGAAGCUGGAGACUCAGCACUCGGGCAAAAAUUUCAUCAUCAAGGGUUUGAGUAGCUCAACUACCAAGUCAAAGAAAAGAAGGUCCCUGGCCAUCUCCAACCCCAUCCCCUGCAACACGGCUUUCCCAGCUGACCAUGUCUCCAUCCAUUCCUCCACCCAAAACGGCAAAGAGGCUGCUCCAACUUCCCCCGUCCAACAGACUCAAAGUGUUUCUGAAGAAGACACUGCCCCAGAGGAGAGAGCCGCCCCAUCUGAAAGUGUCACUUCAUCAGACUCGGAUCUCAGCUCCAGCGGUGUGAAUACACCCAAGAGGCAAUCUGUGUGCGACAAUGAGAACAGCAGCAAGAGCACACGCAAUGAGAGUCCGGAGGACCUGGAGGCAGAGCUCGCCACCAAUCAGUCGGAUGACUCUGGACUCGGGGUGCCAAAGUCUGAGGCGGCGAAUCAGGAACUGUCCAGCCCCUCUGAUAUGGCAGAUGGCGAUGAUGUGCAAAGUCUCGACCAGAGCCCUGUGGACGAUCAGUCAUCAGAGGAGGCCAAACCCGAACCUCCGCCUGUUCCGGCUCCCCGCCACUCCUUCCACUCCACAGACCAACAGCCUCUGCUACCUGCCGAAGGGGAGCAUCAGAUGGAAACAUCAGACAAUCCAGAGACCGCAGAGGAGAGAGAUGACUUGAGUUCUCAGAAUCCACCUGGCUUUCUCUACAAGGCGGUGGCGACAGAGAGCAAUGAAUCCUCUGAAGAAGGCCAGCUGCAGUUUGAACAAGGAGACGUCAUCCUGGUGCUAGCUGACACCCAAGAACUGGACGGCCUGCUGAUGGGGAUCAGGGAGGAGAGCUGGAAGCAGCAUCAGGAUCUGGACCACCACUCUGGGAUCUUCUCAGGAAGCCUGGUCGGGCCGCUGCAGGCGGACUGAGGCCGCCGGCCCUCUGACGUUUCUCCUUCCUCUGAGCUGAUACUGGGUCACAUGAUGAUGAUGCAACCUGUGGAACAAACGGGACCAAGCUGAUGAACAUUACAUAAGUGUUGUUUGAAAAUGUUUCAGUAUUUUCACCUCUUUAUGUUUUUACAAGAUUUCUACAAGCCACUGUGAAACGAUCUUUGAAAGCUGUGUUUUUAAUAUUUUACAAAAAAAAAUCAAUAAAGUUCUAAAUGAUGGGGGAA